AGACGACUGGUUUAUUGAAUCGUUGAAAACUUACAGAGACCUUCAUGUGUAUCAGCUGGAGUUUCCCACCCGAGUCAUUGAAUGGACGUCAGGGAAAAGUGAGUAAAUCCAUUUGCUAAACACUUUGCUCCUUGUUAAAAAAAAAAAUGGACUGGACAUACGGCUCUGGUGCGCCCGGUAAUCACCCAAAUCCCGGCAACUACGCCACCGGUGGAAGCAUGCUGAGCAGCUACGGGUACGAAAUAUCCCCCAAUUAUCCUCCUCCUGGAUUCCCCUGUGCUUCCACACCACCACAACCUCCUCCUAUGGGCUACUUCCCCAACAUACCGCCUCCGACUUACCCACAAAUGGUCCAGAAUUUGAACUGGGACCCACCAAAAACUGAUUUGCGGGGACCCAGUGAGUUUCUUUCUGAAUCUCCUGUGGAUGAAAAUGCUCUCCAGAGGAAGCAGGAUGAACAAUGGAUAAGUUGUUUCUUACAGAGAAGAUCCAGGGAGACCAAAGAAGAUUCUCGGACACCACAGUUGAAAUCUCCCCCUGAUUUUGGAGGCGUCUUACGUGACACCGCUUAUCUUGUGUCUCGACUGUCAGAGUCCUGUCGAAACCUUACGGGGAACCUAGGCGACGACAGCGUUGCCUGGGCUGCCGCUUACGGGAACGCCUUACGCCUAAAACAAAACCUCCAGAAUAAACUGUCAAGUCUGGCGGCUGCUUUUGAAGCUAAAAAGCACCACGUUGCGAAGGUGCGAGAGCGGUGGCUGAAAAGCAGGCGAAAAGCCGAGCUGUUCCGAGCCGAGCGGGAGGCGCGUCGAGCCGAGAAGGAGAGCGCUGUCGAUAAAUGGCGGCUGCAACAAAUCCACCGGGUGGAGGAGGAGAAGAAGGAGCGUGAGCUGAAGCUGGCGGCCGACUCUGUUCUGUGUGAGGUGCGCAAGAAGCAGAGCGACAUCAAGCGCAUGCAGGACGUCCUGCGCUCGCUGGAGAAGCUGCGGCGCCUCCGCAAGGACGCCGCCGCCCGUCGGGGCAUCGGCACCGGGGAGGGCGAGGACGCGGUGUUCCAGCGCCAGCUGGAAGGGCUGCGGCGCGUCACCAAGGCUAGGACGCUCAUCUACACGGCGGAGGAGAAAGCACUGACGGUGAUGCUGGACAGCGUGCAGGAGGAAGAGCGCCGCGCCCUCAGGAAGGACAGGGAGAGGCGGCACAAGCACAAAAUGGACGCCAUGCUGUUCGGCGAGGAGGCGCCCGCCAACGCCGCCCUGAAGCCGUUCACUGAGUACUACGCCCAAGCGGAAUCCUCGCUGCACGCUUUGCUUCACGUACGACGCCAGUGGGACGUCUUCCUGGUGCCGGAUGAGCAUUGUAACGGGACGACAAUCCCGCCUGGAUGGAUCGUGCCCGAGCCGCCGUCGCACCCGGCGUGGGCAGCCGCUCUGGUGGAAUGAUAGUGAACCAAAAUAUGUUUUUUGUUGUUGUUGUUUGUAGUUGUUUUGUUUUAAUCAUAGAAAGUUACCACUAACGAUGAAGUAAGAAAUGUGUGAACCACAGAAAUAUGAAAUGGAACAUUCUGCGACAUCGGAACGGCAACGACACUGGCAGUAUUUGUUCUUUCCCUCUGACCUUCAUUGAUGGGAGUGUGAAAACCAUAAAAAAGGAUAAUCACCUCAUCAUAUGUGUGAUAAUUGACCCUGAAAUUUGAUGAUUAUAUAAAGUGGUGCAUUUA